CAAAAAGGCGGAAGGGCUUCUGACGCUUUACAAAGUGGGCUUGCAGCUCAAAAAGCAGAAAUGGGUUUUAUUGUGGGGCUUUUUUAUUACAAUCUCAUCAGCACUUUUUAGAUGAGAUAUCCCUGCCUGUAUAAACGCGCCUGUAUCCCUCUUAUCUUUUUGGGCACAGUCUCCCACUAGGAAAAAUUCAGAUCAAAAGGACGCAUUGGAAAGAAAAAUAAAUAAAUACAUGUAGACAGGCUAACGCCAAGUUCACCGCAAGCAAUGCGCUCAUAUUCGCUAUUGUUCUCGCAACAUAGUUUGAGACGUUGAUGGGAUUGGCUACACAGAGUCUCUUGCAAAAGUCCGUGGACAAAAUAUGACUGACCCCGGCGAGAUUCAUUCCAAACGCCAAGGUCACUCGCGUUCCAGCUCAUCCUCUUCUGGUUCGUCUUCCAACUCCUCGGCAUCUGCUCGAGGUGGUACACCAGCAAGCCUCCCUAUUCCCACGCCGACAAUCCCCACUCCCACACAGGCAGAGCACCCGAUAACAGCGAGACUCCGACGAACUGGAUCCGGUCGUGGGAGAACCCAAAUUGCAAGGUCUUACUAUUCGACGAGGUCAGACGAAAGCUGUUACUCCAUUGACGAACCGUCCUUGACACUUUCCGCUGCACAAGUACGCCAGCAAACGCUUUCAUGGACAUAUCGCGAACUGAAAUUAGGUUCAACCCCACUCGAAGCUGCCAGGCGGAGGUCCACCCGUCCUCCAUUUCCUAACGUCCUCCGUGAGGGUCCAUCUGCCCCCGAGGACAGUACUAGUGACGCUACCGGGGGCGCGGGACAAGCGUCAUCAGCAGAUCCGCGAGCAGGAAAGGAUAUGUUUGACUCUUUACUGCAGCAGAAAACGGAGGGUUUUGCUAGGAAGCGCCAAGUGUCUCAGUUGAGCGCGCUCCGGCAGCUUGCGCUAUCAAUAGAGCAACAGACAGCGGCAGAUGAUGCUGAAGAUAAUGUUGAAACGUCUACGGAACAAACACCUUUGCUGGCAGCCAAGUCUGCGCGUCCUGUUGAGGACACCGAGAUGCCCGAUGUGAGCAGGCCUUUCAGAGCGGCCAUCCAGGUAGAGGAAGGCUUCGCAAAACCUAAUGGCGUACGUGGAACUUUUGGAAACGAUGAUGUGUGGGAGGACAGGGCCAGUGCAGAGGUCAUGGACGAAGCCUACUCUAGCGGGCGAAAAUCGUACGGCGGACAGUGUUGGGAUAAUUGUUUCCACGAAAUGGUGCGGAGCCUCAAGCAAUUUGAGAUGCGAGAUCUCCUUACGUGGAGCGGUUGGAUUAUGGCUGCGUUACCGGCUGUCGUUCUUGCUCUGAUUCUCAAUCUCUUGGAUGCUAUGUCGUACGGAAUCAUCAUCUUCCCGUCGUCUGAUGAACAUAUGCCAGAUACCGCCAUUCAAGCUGGUAUCUCCAUGUUCUUAACUAGCACUCUCAUCUCACAAUUAGUAUACACCCUUGGUGGCUCCGCCUUCAAGGGAGCAGUGGGCAGUAUGAUGAUUGAGGUCAUGCCGUUUUUGCAUAUUAUGUGUCGUACAGUGGAAGAGCACAUGAACGGUGCUGACAGCAAGGCUAUUUUGGCCACCAUUAUGGUCGCCUAUGCAAUGAGUACCCUUAUGACUGGGAUCGUAUUCUUCCUAUUGGGGGCCUUCAAACUGGGAAACUUGAUUCAAUUUUUCCCGCGCCAUAUCUUGGUCGGAUGCAUUGGUGGUAUUGGACUUUUCCUGAUCCUGACGGGAAUAGAAGUGACCACCGGCAUACCAAACGAGUACUCGCUAGAAUGGAUUCGCAACAUCUUUACACCUUCCGCUCUAAUGUUGUGGGGCUCCAGUCUGGGACUUGCCGUGUGUUUGAAGAUUAUGCAGCGUCGUAUUCAUCACCCACUAUUUGUGCCAAUGUUUUAUGUCGCUGUGCCCGUCGUCUUUUUUAUCAUUGUGCUGGUUGCACGAAUCCCGAUGGACGAGCUUCGCCGAAGCGGCUGGCUGUUCCCAAUGCCAGAGGGUGAACCAGCUCCGUUUUACGAGUUCUGGACGUACUAUGAUUUCGGCAAGGUCGAUUGGACUGCACUACCUGCGACAAUUCCCACGCAGCUGGCCCUUACGUUCUUUGGCAUACUCCAUGUGCCCAUAAAUGUCCCAGCUCUUGCCGUGUCUACUCAUCAAGAUGUGGACCUGAACAGGGAGCUGAUAGGACAUGGCAUCAGUAAUUUUGUGUCGGGACUCUUUGGAGCCACACAGAACUACCUAGUGUACUCCAAUUCUAUUCUGUACAUACGAUCGGGCGGGGCCUCCAUUACAGGUGGUCUGCUUUUAGCCCUGGGUACAGCGCUGGUCUGGAUAGCCGGUGGCAAAGUCGUUGCCUUUGUGCCAACGAUCGUCGUGGGCGCGUUGAUCUUCCAUCUUGGCAUUGACUUACUCAAGGAAAGCGUUGUGGAUACUUGGAACACUGGGAUUCACACCUUAGAGUAUUUGACAAUUUUAUCCAUUGUCACCAUCAUGGGUGUCGUGGGGUUUACCGAAGGAAUCGUGGCCGGUGUAAUCCUCGCCUGCACGUUCUUUGUGGUGAUGUAUGCUCGAAAAUCCGUGAUACGUGCCGUAUAUACUGGUUCGCAAUUACGCUCGACCGUCCAUCGAUUGUACCGACAGCAAUGUUUCCUUGAUCAAGUUGGAGACCAGAUCCAUUGUAUCAAGUUGCAAGGUUUUAUGUUCUUUGGUACAAUCAAUCAACUGGACGUCUAUAUGCAAAAUGUUCUCAAUGAAAAUCCGCGGAUCCGGUACAUUGUCCUUGACUUCUCUCUCAUUUACGGCAUCGACUAUUCGGCUUUGGAAAGCUUCCAUCGCAUCAAGCGGAUGUUGCGAGAGCGCAACACAGGUCUUGUUUUUGCUGGGUUGGCCACUGUUGGACGAACACUUGCGCAAUCCGGGAUUUUUGAGCAUGAAGAGGAGCAGGAUGCUCUGAAUGUGCAUAACUUUGGGAAUCUGAACGAGGCUCUGGAGUGGUGUGAGAACCAGUUGCUGGUGACGUAUUACGUCAAACAAGCGUCGAGGAGUAGUAGCGCUGCAUCUUUGGAAAUACCUCGGCAUACAGUUCCACCAGCUUUGAAUGACUCUGGUUCCGUCUUUGGCAUAUCUCAUUUAACGCCACGACAGCAGGAGGUGCAUAAGGCUGCCUCCAAGAUUUUGAAAGAAGACCCAUUGCCUCCUCGCCCUGAACGCGAGGGUUUCCUUCCUGUGGCAAUUCUCCUGCAAGCCUUCUCGGAAAACGCAGAGUAUGAUGCAGAACUAUUGCACUUUUGUGAAGGACGCUUUCAACGAGUUACUGUGGCGAAAGGCACGAUACUUUGGUUCCCCGGAGAGGAGGCGAAGGAUUUGUAUGUCAUUGAGGAAGGGGAGCUAGCCCUGUUAAUUGUGGAGCAUCAUAGAUCAGGACAGCAAAUGAAGGUGGUUGAGACGUUGUUACCAGGGACAAUGGUUGGGGAGCUCGAAAUGUUUACUAGUCGUCCACGAACCUGCCGUCUAGUGGCCAAUGAUGAUUCCGUGCUGUGGAGACUGUCUAAAGAAACAUUCGAACGCAUGUCAGAGGAGAAUCCCCAGCUCAUGCUCAAGUUUGUGACAAAGAUUGCCUUGUCUUUUGAUGCCGUUAGGUUUUACAACACCGUGUACCAUUGGGGUCAGUUGAAAUAGAGGGUCAGAUUGUGCUGUUGUAGGGGCAUAUAAGCAUCUGGUGGGGGGCUGAACGUACUGUAAGGCACGAUGUACUUGUAUUAUAUAGCAUGUGUAUAGCAUAGCCCACAUUCAAAAGGAUUGCACGAGAUGA